AAGUGAUAUACAGUGAGUGAUUUCUGGCUGAUGUGUAAGUGAUAUACAGUGAGUGAUUUCUGGCUGAUGUGUAAGUGAUAUACAGUGACUGAUUUCUGGCUGAUGUGUAAGUAGUAUUCAGCAUUCUGAAAGUAUUCAGAGCCCUUUCCCUUUUUUUGCAAAAAUGUCUAAAAAACUGUUUUUCCUCUAGUCUCAGAAUGAAAUAGAAUAACUGGAAUGCUGUUUCAGGGUUAGUUUGCUCCCAGGUAAUACAAUAGUCAAGCCCUUUUAUUUAGCUUUUUGUGAUUUGUGUUGCAUUAUUCCCCUUGUCUCUAAGUCUAGGACUGGGGACCCAGAUGACAUUGACUUAAUGCUGUUUAGAACUGUUGCUAUAACCAUGACGACAGAAAUCUCCACCUCCAUAAACAUCAAGGAGCCUCGAUGGGACCAAGGGACGUUUAUGGGCCGGGCCAAACACUUCUUCACCGUUACAGACCCCCGCAACGUCCUGCUCACCAACGAACAACUAGAGAAUGCACACAAAGUCAUCAGUGACUACCGGCAAGGUGUGAUGUCCCCCGGGCUGACAGAGGACGAGCUAUGGCGAGCCAAGUAUAUCUUUGACUCAGCCUUCCACCCAGACACCGGAGAGAAGAUGAUCCUGAUUGGCCGCAUGUCUGCUCAGGUCCCCAUGAACAUGACCAUCACUGGCUGUAUGAUGACCUUCUACAAGACAACUCCAGCUGUAGUCUUAUGGCAGUGGAUCAAUCAGUCCUUCAAUGCAAUAGUCAACUACACCAAUAGGAGUGGAGAUGCUCCUCUCUCAGUCAAUCAGCUUGGCACAGCCUAUGUAUCUGCUACCACAGGGGCAGUAGCCACGGCUCUAGGACUAAAUGCACUAACAAAGCACAUAUCUCCCCUCGUAGGAAGGUUAGUUCCCUUCGCCGCUGUUGCUGCUGCGAACUGCAUCAACAUCCCUCUCAUGAGGCAACGGGAACUGAAACACGGCAUUCCGAUAACCGACGAGAACGAUAACCGGUUAGGAGAGUCAACGACCGCCGCUAAGCAGGCUAUCUCCCAGGUGGUGGUGUCUAGAAUCCUCAUGGCCUCUCCUGGAAUGGCUAUCCCUCCAUUUUUAAUGAACACCUUGGAAAAGAAAGCCUUCCUGAAGAAGUUCCCGUGGAUGAGUGCACCUAUUCAAGUGGUCUUGGUGGGAUUCUGCCUGGUGUUUGCCACUCCGCUGUGCUGUGCACUAUUCCCCCAGAAGAGCUCUAUGUCAGUAAGCCGAUUGGAGCCAGAGCUUCAGGAGAAGAUCCGUGUGAGCCACCCCGGUGUGGAGAGGGUCUACUUCAAUAAAGGACUAUGAGUGUCCAGCCCAACAGUAGCGUUCCUCAGAGCAGCUCUACUAGCAGACACCACAACCCUCCUCAUUCUGUGUGCCAAAGUUCACUUCUGCUUCUCAUCCUCUCCUCUUUUCUGUCCUCUGCUCCUCAGACAGACUGCCUUGGUUCUCUCCCCUCUCCGUCUCCCUCCCCCUCUCUCUCAUGCCGUCUCUCUCCUCUCCCUCCUUCCCUCUCUCUCAUCUCUCUUUCUUCUCUCUCCCUCUCUCUUUCUUCUGUCUCCCUCUCUCUGUCUUCUUCUCACUGCUCUCUCCCUCUUCUCUCUCCCUCCUCCCCUCUGUCUCCCUCUCUCCGUCUUCUUUCUUCAUCUUCUCUCUCCCUCCUCCCCUCUGUCUCCCUCUCUCUGUCUUCUCUCUUCUCACUGCUCUCUCCCUCCUCCCCUCUGUCUCCCUCUCUCUGUCUUCUUUCUUCAUCUUCUCUCUCCCUCCUCUGUCUCCCUCUCUCCUUCUUCUUUCUUCAUCUUCUCUCUCCCUCCUCCCCUCUGUCUCCCUCUCUCCUUCUUCUUUCUUCAUCUUCUCUCUCCCUCCUCCCCUCUGUCUCCCUCUCUCAGUCUUCUUUCUUCAUCUUCUCUCUCCCUCCUCCCCUCUGUCUCCUUCAGUCUUUUUGAGAUGUUUGCCUUGUUGCUGUUAUGUUGUGAAAUAUAUUGUCUCUCAUUGUGGAGCUGUGAUGAUGGUAGUUUAUAGUGGAUCUGUGUACAGUAAGAGGAGAGGCUUCUAAGAUAGACAUUUGUUUGUAUUCCCACACAGUUUUUAGUCAGAUUUUUUUUUUUUUUUGGGGGUGUCAAUUGUAUUUAGCUGCCAAAACAUUUUCAUUUUAAAAACAGUUGUUUGUGUUCAGUGGAGAACCAGGAAAAAUAACAGGGUCUGUAUUCCUGUAUUAGUAACAAUAGCAGUAAUCAGUAUUAGUCAGUCUUAAUCUAACUAUGAUACUCCAAAAUUCAGUUCAAGUAUUUGCCAAAUCUCAACAAUGUUUUGUGAGACCUCUCAACAAUACACAACCUCUAGUAAUAUAUUAGUGUCAUUUCAGAGGAUAACAAUAUGACGUACAGUUCAUUUGAAUGAAUUCAUAUUUGCCAAAUGAGUGAACUUCGCCAGGUCUGCGUCCCAAAUGGCAUCCGAUUCCUACAAAUGCUCUGGCCAAAAGUAGUGCACUACGUAGGGAAUAAUAGGGUGCCAAAAGUAGUGCACUACGUAGGGAAUUAUAGGGUGCCAAAAGUAGUGCACUACGUAGGGAAUUAUAGGGUGCCAAAAGUAGUGCACUACGUGGGGAAUAAUAGGGUGCCGUUUGGGAUGGAACUCUAUAUUGGUUUCAUGACCAGGGUUUACUCCUUCUAACAAUGUGAGAUCUUACAAUGGUUUACAAUGACCGUUGUUCCGUAUAUUACUGGUGCUUUUGAUGCAAUAUCGUCAUAUAAUUGAUGUUUAUUCCAGACUAUUUAUUCUGCUUCCCAAACCAUGCAUGAACAAACCACUCCUCAUCAGUGUGAUAGUGCGGCAUAUGGUUGGUUACAGGUGUGUUUCAGGCCGAGUCAACUAGUCUGUCUGUAUAGUCACUUCAGGGCUACAUUCAGGGUGGCAUCCACAGCAGCUGUGUUUCAAAAACGAUGACAAAAUCUUAUGUUCUACAAAUACCGUCUACAGUUUGAUAUGUGGGGGGUGGGGGGGUGCCAGAUCGCUUCGUUAAAGAGCAAAACCGUGCGGUCCUGAAUGCACCCCGGUCACGAGGCUCCCACAGACCUUGCUGAACGAUGUGCCAAAGAGCUGAUGACAUGUUUUAUUGUGCUCCUGUCUCAGGCUAGCUAAACCAUCUCUCAGGCUCGACACAAGCACAGUCUUGUGCAUAUUUGUCAAUCCCUAAUUUAAAAAAUCUAUAUGACAGUGAAAUUUAAGGAAUAGUGACCUUGUGAUCUGCUGGAAGAUUCACUCAAAUGCACAUGAUGUUAAACUCUGGACUACAGACAUAUCAGCGUAGCAAAAGCCUACUGGUGGCAGUACUGUCAGACAAAACCAACUCUGGAUAAUAGCAGUACCUUGUAAAAAUAAAGUGAUGUAUACACAGAAACAAUAGAGAAAUUGAUCGUUUCAAUGCUGUUUAUUCCAGAGUUUGUCCGAAAAUAAAAUAGAAGUAUAUAAUUUUUUGAAAAAAAGUUUUUAAAUCAUUAUUGUGAACAUUCCGUUUGGUUGGUAAAAGUAUCGUCCUUGGUUCAUCACAUUAUGUGUUUUUUUGUAAGGUGUUUUUAAAUGUUUUAAGUAUGGAAAAAUAUCUACCAGUAUUGACUUAAUACGGUUCUAUAUAUGUCUUUUCAGAGAGAAUCCUGCUAUAGAAGUUGUUCUUACAGAUGAUAGGAAGCGAUGGAUAAUGUUUCUGUGUAUUUCAGUAGUUGAACGUAUCGUCAGCAGAUCUAGGCCGUGAUUCAAUCUAAGCCGUGUUAUAGAGCCAGUGGCAUUGGACUGACAAUGCACCUUUUUUUAAAUUUAUUUUUAUUUUUUUAAAGGCAAUUUCUCUGACGUUCCACCGAGAUCACAUUAAAACGCUGCACACGUUGGCUCAAGUGUAAAUGACGUUAGUGUGCUGCUCUCUACGGUCUCAGCAUCUGUUCGUUGUUUGGUGUUUCCUCAUAUGUAAAACGUUGAAUGCUAUGUUUGGGAAAAUACAAGAUGAAAAAGCACAAUAUUGUGAUUGAUGGUUGAUCUGACACAAUGCACGUUUCUAUUUCUCAGUAUUUCAAACUUAAAGUCCUAUACAUUUAUUUAAGCACAUUCAUUAAUCAAAUAGAUUCAAUGUAACUUUAAAAAGCAACAAUUAGCGAGAGAUAAGCACAAUGGAUUCUAAUAACUGAAUAUUUUUCAACCAGUGGACAAUGUACAUGAGUGUCUCUUUUCCUUAGUCUUUAACUUGAUGUAUUAAACCCCAAGAAAUGCCAAACGAACCUGCCCAAACAAACCUUAAUUAUUACAAAAUACAAAUAUUAUACUGAAGGCUAUUUAUUGUUAUUUACCUAUCUGCCAAAUCAAUCUGCUUGAAUGUCAAUCUAGCCAAAGUGAUACAAAUCCACUGGAAAGGAAUAAGUCAUGACAGUUUACUGUAAUAUAAAUUAAAUGGGUAUUUUUAAGAAAGGGUAUUAUGAAAUACUGUUAAUAGUAGUUCAUUGUUUUGUUUUUUUGCGAUUAAAUUUGGGAUGUAAUGUCUAGACCUAACUGGAUGAAAUAAAAUAAAAAAUAAAAUCUCAAAA